AUGCCCACCCACCUGCCGCACGCCGACGGUGCCUCCCCCGCCGCCCACGCGCUGCACUCCUCGCCGUCGGCCCUCAUGCCUCCUCCAGGGGCCCCCGCCGCAUCCCCCUUGCCCUCCACGCCCUCCCCCUCGCAGCCCGGCUCCUACCCCAUGUCGCGCGUCGCUCCCCCUUACGCACUUGCCGCUAACGCGCCGGGCGGACUGGCAGGUGGCGCGAUGGGGGGAAUGAUGAGUCCCACGGCGAGCGCGCAGCUGCGCUCGUCUGCGCUUGCCAACAACCCUAACGCCUCCGCGCAAGGUGGGCCUUCCCCCUCCGCCAUGCCGCCAAGUAUGGGGAAGGCCGGCGCUUCCCCAAGCUCCUCUGCUUCACUGCCCGCCCUGCCCUCCUCCCUGCACCUCCCCGCCAACAUGCGCGGCCCCCAGUCCACCCCCACCAUGUCCUCGCACUUCUCCCCCUCCUCAGCGGCCCCCCAAUACCCCUCACAGGCGCAAUCCGCGUCGCCUGGCGGAGCCUCCUAUUCCCCCUCUGCGCCACACCUGCAGCAGCAAGGCUACAGCGCCAGCCCAGGGGGAGGCGCGAGGGGCGGAAUGCAGCAGGUGGGGGGAAGCGGAGGGCAGGGGGGAACGGAGCAGGCAGAGCAGCAUGGAAGGGGGGUGGUGGGGUCAAGCGGCAUGGGAUAUGGAGCCAGGGGACAGGCAGGCGCACAGCAGCACGGGCAGCAUGGGCCGGUGGGAGGCAUGUCUCCCUUGUCGCCCACCCAGGGCAAGCAGCAACACUUUGCCCCCUCUCCGCAUCACCACCAGCUACAGCAGCAGCAGAAACAACAACAACUAAAGCAACAGCAGCAGCAGCAACAACAGCAACAACAACAGCAGAAACAGCAGCAGCAGCAACAGCAACAUCAGCAACAGCAACAGCAACAGCAGCAGCAACAGGCGAAGGCGGCACAGGCAGCACAGCAGGCGGCUGGCAGGGUGCCAGGGCGACCAGGUGCUGCUGCUGCAGGCAGCGGCUCAGGGGAGGCCGCAACUGGUGCAGGCAAUGCUGCUCACGCCAAUGUGGAGGGCAAGAAGCUUCUGGGAAAGAGGACUUUGCAGGAACUGGCAAAGCAGGUGGAUGCGCGCAUGCAGCUGGACCCCGAGGUGGAGGAGGUGCUGCUAGACCUCGCCGACGACUUCAUCCAAUCCGUGACGGCGUUUGGUUGCCAGCUGGCGAGGCAUCGCAAAUCGCAGGUGUUGGAGGCAAAGGACGUUCUGCUGCACCUCGAGCGCAGCUGGCACAUGCGCAUCCCUGGCUUCACGGGUGACGACUACCGCGUCUACAAGCGCCCUCCUGUCACGGAGGCACAUCGCCAACGCCUCGCAGCAGUUCGCCGCUCUGCAGCCAUCGCAGCCAACGAGGCUCACGCCUCGCCCGCUGCUGCUGCUGGCCCCGGCUCCACCGGUCCCCAUGGCCACACUGCUGCUGCAGCAGCACAUGCAGCACAGGCUGGCGGGUUUGAGCAGGGAGCACAUGCGAGCAUGGCGAAGCUAGCAUCUCCCAACUUCAAGGGACCCGGAGGAGCAUCAGGGCCGUUGAGUCUGCAACCAAGCAACGCGCAGUCGCUGGCAUGGCGCGAAUCGCGGCACGCACCUCUGCCGCUGGCUCCCUCGCCCAUGCGGCAAACGCGGAGAGGGCGGUGGGCUGUUGGCGCGGCGAAGGAUGGGGAGGCGGAGGGGGCAGGGGCGGAAGGGGCAGGGGCGAAGGGGGCAGGGGCGGAGGGGGCAGAGUCGUCGACUGCGUUGACAGCCGUAGAGGCGCAGCCGGUCGAGAGGCGACCAGAUAACUGGGUGAGUCCGGCGCUGCUGCAGGAGAUGGGGGAGGAGGAGCGCACGCCGAUUCAGAAGUGGCUGAACCCGGGGCAGGACGAGUUGCCGGACGACGUGCCCAUGAGCAUCUGGGACCACCUGGAGGAGCUGCGCGAGCGCGUGCUGGUGUCCGUGGGCGCCGUGGGCGGCGCCAUCCUGCUCUGCUUCUUCUACAGCCGCGACCUCGUGGUGUUCCUCGAGGCCCCCGUGUACGCCCAGGGCGUGCGCUUCCUGCAGCUCUCGCCGGGGGAAUACUUCUUCACCACGCUCAAGGUGGCGGGGUACUGCGGGCUGCUGCUGGGCGGGCCGGUGAUUCUGUACGAGGUGAUAGCGUUUGUGGUGCCGGGGCUGACAGCCAGCGAGCGGCGCUUCCUGGCGCCCAUAGUGUUUGGGUCGUCGGUGCUCUUCUACUCGGGCAUUGCCUUCAGCUACUCCGUGCUCACGCCCGCCGCACUCAACUUCUUCAUCUCGUACGCCGAGGGCGUAGUGGAGUCGCUGUGGUCCAUCGACCAGUACUUCGAGUUCGUGCUGCUCCUCAUGUUCUCCACCGGCCUCUCCUUCCAGGUGCCGGUGAUCCAGCUGCUGCUGGGGCAGCUGGGGCUGGUGACGGCGGAUCAGAUGCUGGGCAUCUGGCGCUACGUGGUGGUGGGGGGAGUCACAGCCGCCGCCGUGCUCACGCCCUCCACCGACCCGCUCACGCAGUGCCUGCUGGCGGGGCCCCUCAUCGGCCUCUACAUGGGCGGCGCCUACCUCGUCAAGCUGCUCGAAGGCUCCAAGUCCACCGCCUAG